AUGUUGAGCCGGAUCAGCGUUCGUGGUGCCUCGUCGGCUGCCGCUUCAGCCACCGCUUCGGCUCCAACAAAGCAAACACACACCACACCUUCUGGCUUGAUUGUGUCGAGCGAUGAAAGAAACGGUGCCGUCUCUCACUUGGUCCUUGCUUUCCGUGCCGGAACUCGAUACGAACUUCCAUCACAAAAGGGUCUUGUGCAUCAUAUUCGCAACUUUGUUGGACGCGAUACGAACAACUACUUGGGAGUGCCACUACUUUGGAGUACUGCUGGCACCGGAGCCACAAUUCGAGCCUUUGCGACCCGAGACCUCUAUGGUGUGACCCUAUCUGUUCCACGCGCGGAAGUGAACGUUGCGCUCUCGGUUUUGGGACAUGUUGCUGCUCAACCAUCUUUCAAGCCAUGGGAACUUGUUGAGAACCAAGAAACGCUGAUUGCGGAUCUUGCUAGCCGUUCGGCCUUCGACUUCCUCAACGACGACGUCCACAGGGCCGCUUUUAGAAAUGGAGGUCUUUCCAAUGGACUUUUUGCGCCUAAGAAGCUUGUUGGCACCUACUCGCAAGCAGAAUUGCAAGGCUUUGCUGCUUCACGACUUGUGUCUGGAGAAGCGGCAUUGUUUGGCAUCAAUGUAGCGCAUGAUGUCCUUGCAAACUAUGGUGAGAAUCACGCACCUCUAAAUUCGGGCAAAGGCCAGCCGACAAAGGCUUCUCCUUUUGUCGGUGGAGAAUCACGCCGGUGGUCAUCGGGAAAAUUGGCUCACGUUUUGCUUGUUGGUGAAGGAGCAACAAUCUCUGACGUUAAGGGCCUCGCUGCUCAAAAUGUUCUUUUGGCCACGUUGGCGCACAACACACUUAAAUAUGGAGGAAAAUCAGGAAAUGGAAUUCUGGCCAAGGCUGUUGCUAAUGAAGGAGCAGGAAUCAGUGCCUACCAGGCUGCAUAUGCCGACUCUGGUAUUGCUGGAGUUUAUUUGACUGUCGAUGGAGCAGCUGCCGGUUCGGCCGUCCGAUCGAUUGCCAAAGCUUUGAAGAACUUUACUGCUGGCGAUAUUGAGGGAGCCAAAGCACUUGCUACAUCGAGAGUCGCCUUUGGAGUUGAGAAUGGAGCUGAUUUUGUGAUUGACAAAGCGGCGUAUUUGCUUGGAGCCAAAGGCGAAUGUAUCAUGAUCGCAAUUAGUCAAACCACGAAAGCCGAUAUUGAAGCUGCUGCGAAAAAACUGUCGAAGAAAUUUGCUCUUGCUUCAUAUGGUGAUAUUGAUCAUGUUCCUUAUGUAGAUGAAUUG